AUGCCCCAUAACGAGUCCAGCUAUACUGAAGAGUCCACCGGUUUAAAUUACUUAUCUGACGCUAAUUUCAUUCGGAGCGGGAAAAGUGGUGAAAUCAAGAAUGAGGUUGAGGAUCCCCUUUUUGGCAUGGCAUACUUGAAGCCGUAUAAGAAUCUUAGGUACUUUCCGGAAGGAACACGAAACUGCUAUAACCUGACUGUCGUGCAGGGCACACAUUAUCUUAUUAGAGCUGUGUUCUUGUAUGGAAAUUAUGAUGACCUAAAACAAAAACCAAGAUUUGAUCUUUAUCUUGGCCCUAACUUCUGGACAACUAUAACUUUGCAAGAUACAUUUGAUUUUGUCGGGUCGAUUUUCAAGUCAGAUUCUAUACAAGAGAUAAUCCACAUGCCAAAGUCAAACUCUUUGGAUAUUUGUCUGGUGAAGACAGGAACAACGACGCCAUUCAUUUCAGCCUUGGAACUACGUCCCCUCAGAGAUGACACCUACACUACAAAAACCGGCUCCCUGAAGCUAUUCUCCCGCUGGUCUUUCGGCAAUUCUAAAUCCGACGUAAGGUAA